UUUCUUCACUCAGCUUUGGCAUCAAUACUGCUUUUGAAGCGCAUCCGGAUGGUUUAUCCGUCUUUGCUGGAUAUUUUAUUUCAGGGAUUUUUGACCUUUGGCAUUCUUAGAAAUAGUUUUUCCUUUAUGCGUGUAUGCAUUGUUCUGGUCAACUGGUCACUCAGAUGAUUGCUAUCAUUUCUAUGAAGCCAGUGCCUUGAAACGUUUGAGGCGAUCUGACUGCAGCCAUGUCCAGAUCCACAAAAUCAGCCUCGAGAUCUCGGAGCCGCUCAAGGUCCCGGUCAAGAUACCAUUCCACCUCCCGCUCCAGAAGUCGCUCCAGGUCUCGGUCCAGGAAGCACCGUUACAGCUCUAGGUCUCGGUCACGGUCAAGAUCUCACUCUCCAUCCCAUAAUCGGGACAAGAAAUAUCCAAGGGGGUACCAGAACAGCCGAGAGUUCCGGGGCUACCACCGUGGCUUCCGGAGGCCCUAUAACUUCAGGGGCAGAGGGCGGGGCUAUUUCCCACGUGGGCGCUACCAGCGUGGUGGUGGGGGAGGUGGCUACAACAACAACAACUAUCGCCCCAACUGGAAGAAUUACAAGCAGAAUCCCCAAAAACAGCAACAGCAGCAACAGCAGCAGCAGCAGCAGCAGCAACAAAACAAUUCACGAGGACGAUCACACAACCAGCAGAAACGCUCAGGAAGCCCCCCUCGUGGUCACUCUCGCCACUCCGACCGAUCCUCUUCUCCUUUAUCCAGACACUCACAGCAUUCUUCUUCGUCAUCACACUCUUCCUCUCCCAAAUGCAGGCCAGCCUUGUUGCUAGCUAUCCAAAACUGUAAAGAUGUGAAAGAGGAGCAAUUGGCCUCCAAGGAGGCCCAAAAGGGAGGAGGGGGAGAUGAGGAAUCAGUGGAGCAUGUUGGGUUAUUGGCAGGAGACGCUAGAGAAGGUGCAGGCAGUGGGAAAACUGAGGGGAACUGGCAGGGCCUGCCAGACUGCAGCAGCAGUCCAAGGAAUAAUAGCCCUUUGGCAAGCUCUACUGUUACUGUUGGUCAGGAGAGCCAAACUAAAACCCAGUCUAGUCCCAGUAAGAUCACAAAUGACAGCAGCAAUGGCGCCUCCACCUGGCAGAGGGUGUGUAAUUCAUCCUCAACAAAAAAACCCACUCAUGAAGGUCUAAAUCCAAUGCUUUCCAGCUUUGACUUCUUCUCCAGCGAGGAAUACAUGGAUGGAGAUAAAACAGCAAUCUCCAAUGCCUUCAGGAAGUUUUUGGAGGAGCAAAACAAAAAAGCAAGAUCUGCUUGGGAAAAUGACAAGAACACAGAAGCACACGAUGAAGGGAAUAUAAAUGGCAAAGCAUCUGCAGCUAUCUCUGACUCAGUAUCAAGAAAGUACAAAGAGGAUAUUGAUGGUGAAGUGUCUCUGAACAGCUUUUUGAAAGCUUCUCCGUUUCUGUCUGCUGAUGGGGAGGAAGAGGUUGAGAUGAUAAUCAAGCCUCAUUCAAAAUCGCUUCAAAAAGACUGGCAGAAUGGGGACGAGACCUCUAAGCCAAAGAGCAAGGUCACUCACUCAGCCCGAGAACUGUUUGAAGAAUGCUUUGGCAAGUGGCAGAAUGCAGCCUACUCCCAGUUUGCUAAUAGUAACCUUGAUUUGAUGGCAGAGGAGAUAUAUCUCAGUGGAAAGCAGGAUAAAUCAGCAGCCAUUGCUGCUACCCUUGCCAAAAGGGAGUUAACAGGAAAAUUUGAAGAACUGUCACCAGACAUAAGUUCUAAAGCCAGGAAGAUGGUAAAAUCUCCAUCUGUCCCAUCUCCAGCACUGCCACAAAGGAGGAACUCUGUCAGAGAGAUGUUUCUGGUCAGAGGAGAGGACUCACCUCUAAUGUCUUCAAGAAAACAGGAAGCAAAAUUUAAUGUUAGAAUGGAUUUCCUUGGAGAUAGCCUGAUGAGCUCUUCAGAUAUUUUAGCUGAGGAGCGACAGUUGUCUCAGGACCUUGUGCAGGCCUCAAAAAAGGAUCAGCAGUUUCGCUCCAUAUUUCAGCAUGUUCAGACUGCUCAGUUACAAAGGAGUCCCUCUGAGCUGUUUGCUCAACACAUUGUCGCCAUUGUUCACCACAUCAAAGCUCAGCACUUUCCAUCUUCUGGCAUGACUCUAAACGAGAGAUUCACCUUGUACCAAAGACAAGCUGCAGAGAAGGAAAUGAUGAAGCCAAGAAAAAGCCCAGAGAUACACAGGCGAAUUGAUGUUUCACCAAGUGCUUUUAAGAAACACUCUCAACUUUUUGAGGCGAUGAAAAGCUCAGAGGAUGGCACUUACAAGGAUGGCGGGGAAAAAAUGAAGGGUGACCCAGCGGACCUUCGUUUGGAUAUUGAGCGCCGUAAAAAAUAUUCCAUUCAUGACAGAGAUUAUAAUCAGGAUCGGGGAAGAGAUACGGGAGAUUCCCCAGAUUCUAGUAGAGAGAGAUCUGUGGAAAAGCUCUCCAAAUACCGCAAGAGAUCAAAGAAAAGUAAGAAGAAACGCUCUCGCUCCAGUUCAUCCUCAUCUUCCUCAUCCUCUAAGUCUCAAAAAAAUGAAGGCUUACCUCAUGACAAGUCUGAUUCAAAAGAUGAAGGUUUUAACAGGGCUCGGCUGGGUCAAAGGGAGUCACCAGGAUCAGCUGAAAGAGGACGGCCUCGCGGAGGAUUUCAAGUAAGAAUUCGUGGAAGGGGCUGGAACAGAGGCAGUUAUCAGGGAAACGGUUCACACGGUAACCCUGUGAACAUGGCAGUUCACUCAAAAAAUGAAGACUGGGACCCAGAAUAUACUCCCAAAAGCAAAAAAUACUACUUGCACGAUGACAGAGACGGGGAAUCAGACUGCAAGUGGAUGGACAACCGAGGGCGAGGACGGGGAAGCUUCACACGUGGAAGGCCGCGAUUCAUUAUCCGGAAAGCCCCCGGAAGCUUUGACACCAAUAACCCCAAAUGGGCCACUGAUAAGUUCCAGGGCAAUGGGGAGCAAAGUGGCAUGCAGGAGAAAGAGGAAGAACAGGACCAUAAAGGGCCAGAAAUGGAUGGAGAGAAUACUUGAGCAGUGAAUCAGUCGGCUGAAAAUCUUAACUGUCUUCUGUGUUGUUGUGUGACUCAGUGAUUUUAUUUGCUACAACGGAUCCAUAAAUGCAGAUGGAAAUGUUUUUAUGACUAUGAGCUAUCGCUAUGAAAACUUUAUUGCUUUAAUUUCAGGAUAGAAUACUCACUUUGACUUGACACAACAAUUUCCUACAUCAGGAUACAGAUUGUGACUGGUAGAAGCACUGUUUUAAGGUGAAUUGCUGUUUCUUAUGAAAAAUCAAGUUUUUGUUACACGUUUCUUUGCUCGGAAACUGAAUUCUUCCGUGCAGCAUUUUAGUAAAAAAUACACAUUUCUGAUUUGGUGGAUUUCAAUCUUUGUGACUUUUGUGUUUUGAAUAAGCAAGAGAAAAAAAAAUACUGCACAUUGUUGAUGUACUUCUGCCUUACACUUGAGAAAACAAAUGUUUUCUAAGUAGACUUUGAGAUCAACUGUACUGAAAAUGCAUUAAACCAUCAUUUAAUUUCCCAACUGUUAGUGUGAAGAAAAGUAGGUAUGUUUUGAGGUGUGCCUUGUCUGGAUUUCUAUGACAGCAUAAAGUACACUGUAGUGUUCAUGUUGACAUAAAAAACACCACUGUUUAGGCAAUUUGUCAGUCUACAAAUGACCCUGAUCUGACAAUGGGACCAAACUGUACAGGGUUGAAACUUGUGCUCUGCAGUCCAUCACUAAACAAUCAACAAUCAACCCAUUUACAACACUAGCAGCUAGAAACAUGCAACCGUCUAAAACCAAGUACCUGUACAUUUAUGCGCUCAUUAAACAUUGGGCUAUGAGAGAUUUGUGUAUUUUACAGUAGCUUUUUCCUUGAUGUUCGAUACCACUUAUCAGUGUAUAAUAUUGAUACUGAUUAUAUGUUUUUUUUUUCUUCCAAAGACAUUCAUCAUAGUUUUUGUACGUGGCUUGGCAGGAUUUUGAUUUUGAUUAUAAUGGAGAGUUUAAUUGCCAUAUAUUUUGAUGUAUUUUUCGUGUGUUUGCAAACUUUUCUCUAGCUAAAGAUGUUUUAUGUAAAUUGUGUGCAACUCUGUCAACAUUAUGAUAAAACUGGGUCAAAAUUUUAAUUGUUUCAGCCUAUAGUUUCUAACAAUAAUAGAAAUACAGAGCAGUUUAUAGGAUAAGUCUGUCUAAUGAUAGAAUGUUUUAUAGUAAAUAUCACUGAUGUUUUUUUCUAAGAUUGAGGCUAAGAUAUGGCUCCUGCUGGGCUAACUGUCCUUACAAUUUCAUCACAUAAUUUGUGUGCCUUGCUGUGGGUGCACUGGUCUUACUUGUGUUACACAGGACUACAGAUUGAGAUUCACGCUUCAUUGUUUAAAGGCUACCUUCUUAGGAAAUACUGCUUUUUUUUAAAAAUAGUUGUCAAUGGUUUUUCUUAGAGAUUGUAAAUUAAAGAGACACUGAUUACUUUAA